UCGUGCUAACUAGAACUGGAGUGGUGAAUUCGCUCUUGUGAAUGAGCAGACAGUGCCAAGCCCAGUGUAGUUUUUGAUGUACUCAGCGUUGACAACCCAGGAUUUACGUUUUCCUGUUGAUUUAGGAACAGGGCUGGAAAUCUUAAAGAGAGGAGACAGGACUCCAGAAGCACUGGUCCGGGGAUAGACAGACCCCAAGGCUUCGCAAUCUAAAGUAGAUUGCACUGUCGUUUAGAAACCCCUUCGGAAGACCUGCAGUCCUUCUGCAGAGAACUGGUAAGAGGACCGCCGCAAUCUUUAUUCUUGAGUGUCAGCGGUGACAAGACAGAGGAGACACAGCUUCACUCUGCCUACUUCAGCAAGAAGAUGGCUCAUGACCAGCCUCUGCUGGUUGUGCAGGAGGCCCUGAAGAAGUGCUUCCCUGUGGUAGAGGAACAGCAGGACCUGUGGCAGAGCACUCUGCAGGACUGCUUGCCCCUCCUCUCCUCUCUCAGCAAUCUGGCUGAGCAGGUGCAAGCUGCACAAAGUCUGCGGUUUGAGGAUGUGCUAGCCCUUCGUCCGUUUCCAGACUUGCAGGAGCGAUUGAGGCGCAAGCAACUAGAGGCUGGUGACAUUGUCCUGGACAAGCUAGCUGAGAGGCUAGCCACCCUCCUCAAGGUUCGCAACACCAUCAGCAGCCACGUGGAGCAGGUGUUUCACACCUAUGAGCAGCAUGCGGCCGUGCUUGACAUCGAUACUCUCCUGAGGCCCUCGGUCGUGAGCCCCUCCGUGACUGACAUGUUGGAGUGGCUGCAGGACAUCGACAGACAUUUUCGAAGCUCGUAUCUGAAGAGAAAGCACCUCCUCUCCUCCAUCCACUGGGGAGACCUAGCCAGCAUCCAAGCACUGCCCAAGGCCUGGGACCAAAUUUCAGAAGAUGAGUGCCAAACCCUUGUGUCAGAUAUCCUGUUGAAUGUCUCCUUCUUCCUGGAGGAAGCAGGAAGCCGUGCAGUAUCUGGAGAUCUGGAGCACCGCAGUUGAGGCUGCCAUUGUUACCUUAGGCUGUUUCUAAGUGAGGGUCAGUAUUGCUCCCUGACUCACUGCAAUACCAAUGCCUACGGUAGAGGCCCCUAGGACCUCUCCAUGGUAGGACAUGGCCGCUGCACCUGCGGCUCUGAGAAGUGGAGAGAGGCGGAGGACACAGGAGAGGUGGUGCUGAGAAACAGGGUCCAUCAAGGCAGGAAAGGGCAGAAGGCAAAGUUGUGUGGACGCUGCUGCCUAUCAUCUGAACCAUCUUCUCUGGUUGGCUCAGGUCCUGGUCCAGUGCAUGUCAGUGUCUCAGUCCUUAAUGGCUUAAGAUAUGAGUGGGUCUGGGAAUCUAGGGUGGGAUCAGUGUGGGGUGGGUGCGGGGGACAGACUCAAUUCCCUACAGACCCCCAAAAAGGGAGGGACUGAAGGAAAGGGAAUGUUUACAAUGUUUACUGCUUCACAGAAGCACAUCAAGCCAAUUUCCACUUCCAGAGUCAGCCACCAGGGGGCGAUGGUGCAGCAUGAAUGGUUCUGAAUGACCUGUUCUUGUUGCUGUUGAAAAGUUAAGGGCAGGCUGGGGAGCUUGGAUAUCCCACCCAGGACUAGAGGCAAAGACAGGUGGAUCUCUGUGAUUUUGAGAUUAAUUUGGUCUACAUAACUCCAGGCCAAUGAAGGUCACAAACUGAGACUGUCUCAAAAAAGAAAAGAGAGGUACCUGAGGAAUAGUGAGGCUCCCCAGAUGACAGGGCUAAGGGGCCUCUCAUUGGCCACAUCCCUCUGAGUUUGGGGUGUCUGGCCAGGGAAGAGAAUGCCGGCUGUGAUUGCUGGUUGUUAUAGUGUUAUAGACACAUGCAAGGCCACCUGGGAAGGGAGUCUCGGUGAGGAAUGGUCUAGAUUUGGUUGGUUUGCAGACAUGCUUGCAAGAUUUGGUUGAGAAGACCCAUGCUGAGUGUGGGUGGCAACAUUUCCUGGACUGCAGCCUGGAUCACAGAGAAAGAGAGCAGGCUGAGCACAGAGGGCUUACACUAACCAUUGCCUUUGAUGGUCCUGCCACCAUGGCUCUCCUGUAGUGAUGGACUGUGGCUUCAAACUAUGAGGCUAAAAGCCCCUUCCCCCUUCAGUGCAUCUGUCAGUAUGUAUAAUCAGCUUUAGGGUUCUCUAUGGAGCAGGACUGAUGAUAGAAUGAAUGACUAUAUAGAGGUACGGGGGCGGCCAGAAUGAGGGUGGGCAUGCUAAAGGAGAAGCUCUCUUCUUCCAUAUGAUGUUAUGUGGGCUCCUCUACAAGAUGUGGCCCAGAUUUGGGGUAGGUCUUCCCACCCCGAAUGAUCCAAGACAAUCUCUCUCGGGCAUGCCCAGUUGCUGGGGUCUUAGUGGAUUCCAGAUGUCAAGCUGACAGCAGAGAUUAGCCGUCACAUGCGGUGGCAGGGAAGAAACUGAGAAGCACCUUGAGUUGGUGCCAAGCCUUGCCUUCUGUGCAGCGGCCCUGCCUGGGUCCCAGCUUCCCGUGUGCUUGUACAAGCCCAGGCUGCAUGUACAGGCCUUAAUGCAGAGAAUGGAUCUAUUUUAGUUUUUGAUUUUUCAAGACAGGGUCUCUCUGUGUAGCCCUGGCUGUCCUGGAACCCACUCUGUAGACCAGGCUGGCCUCAAAGAUCCACCUGCCUCUGACUCCUAAGUACUAGGAUCAAAGGUGUGUGCCACCACCACCCAGCUAAGGUGGCUAAAAGACACUUCUCUUAAAAAGAAAGUUUUCUGAUUACAUUUUUACGUUUUCAAUUAAAGGAAAAAUUUAAAUACGGAAAAACAUAAUACAAAAAAGCAUAAUGCAAAACCCACCCUAUGUUUUGAUCUGUAUCCCUUUACUGUUCUUCAUAAAUUUUAAAACAAAAACAUUGAUACAAACUCACUCUUUUUAACUUUGUGGAUCAUGGGACAUCUGCAAAUAAGUCAAUAAAACUGUACUAUAUAGACUAUA